AGAAACUUUUGAGGGAUGGCUCGUCACAUGCGGAGCGGAGAUGUGGAGUUGCGUCGGCCGCUUCUCCUUACCGGAGAUCACCUGGAGCCGAACGAGUUGGAUUCAGAUGAAGGUGAAAUCAUUUUUGACAGGAGCUCAUCAAAUAACGGCCAUGAAGCCGGUGGGAGUGCACCAAGAAGAAUAUCGUAUGAGGAAGCCAUGGAGGAAACAGGUUUUGGUUUGUUUCACUGGCUGCUGUUGGUUAUUUGUGGCUGGGCCAACGCCAGCGAUGCUGUGGAGAUUCUCUGCGUGUCUUUUCUCCUGCCAACAGCACGCUGCGAUCUGCUGCUGAGCUCUUCAGACAUGGGCCUGCUGACUGCUAGCAUUUUCCUUGGAAUGAUGGUUGGUGGCUAUGUGUGGGGAUACUUGGCUGACCAGAGGGGGCGUCGCAGAGUCUUAGUUGUGUCCCUAACAGUAAAUGGGGUCUUUGGGGUUUUGUCCAGCCUGUCUCCGUGGUUCUGGCUCCUCUUACUGCUUCGGUUCAUCAGUGGCAUUGGGGUUGGUGGUUCCAUCCCUGUUGUCUUCUCAUACUUCUCUGAGUUUAUGCCCCGACGGCGGAGGGGAACGAUGAUCAGCGCUCUGGCCACUUUCUGGAUGGCAGGAAACAUCCUGGCUGCAGGCUUAGCAUGGCUGGUGAUUCCCAGAACCUGGGCACAUUUUUCUCUGGGAACACUGGACUUCCAGAGCUGGAGACUGUUUGUGGCGCUCUGCUCUCUUCCUGGGCUGACCUCAGCACUCCUCUUUAGGCUGCUCAUGCCUGAAAGCCCCAAGUUCCUCAUGGAGGCUGAUCGAGAGAAAGAAGCAAUCCAUGUUUUCAGAUUGAUGUUUGAGCUAAACAUGAGGGGAAAAGGAAAAUCCUUCCCGGAAUUUGGUUUGUGCACAAACUCCAAGCAAAAACGGGACAUGGAGGACAAACUCUGGGCUUCACGGAGAGAGCAACUUGCCAGUAUAUUAAAAAAGGGUUUGGCUCCCAUAAAACAAAUGUUUCAUGAUUCCCUCAAAACCCGGAGCUUCGCUCUGCUCAUCAUCUUCUACUGCAUCUCCUUCGGUUACUAUGGUCUCUGGAUGUGGUUCCCUGAGCUGUUUUCGAGAAUUGAAGAAGGUGGUUCGCCUUGUGGCAACGUGUCCGUGCCAUAUUCACUUCACAACAAUAGCUGUUAUCCUGUCAAGACGGCAGUGUAUAAAGAGGGCUUUGCCAUUGCUGUGUCAAACCUGCCGGGCAACAUCUUCACCAUCCUGAUGAUGGACAGAGUGGGAGGAAAGUCACUACUGUCUGGCAGUCUAGUGGUGUCCAGUCUGAGUGUCUUCCUCAUUUACAUGGUCCAGACCAAAACCCAGAGCCUGAUCCUCUCGUGUGUCUUCAGCUGUGUGUCUGUGAUCACCUGGAAUGCCCUGGACGUGGUGGGAACAGAGCUGUAUCCGACACAACUGCGGUCCACUGCUCUUGGGUUCUUCACGGGCAUGGGUCGAGUGGCAGCGAUCAUGGGUAACAUAGUCUUUGGGAAGUUGGUGGACACUAACUGUGCCGUGCCGGUGCUGCUGGUCUCUGCUCUGCUGCUGACCGGAGGUCUGGUGGCUCUGCUGCUUCCACAGACCAGGCAGACUGAGCUCACCUGAGCGCUCACAGUUCACAUGAAUUAUUUAUCACAAGCUUUAUGUCUGCAAAGAAAGGGGUCUGCAGAGGAUUUCUGCCCUUUGGAAUUUAGAGCAGACGUGCCUUCCCUCACCUCUUUGUGCCUUUUUAUAGUGCUUCAUUUAAAAGGCUAUGAAAACAGCAGUAGCAAGUCAGGAAAGUCAAGGGGGAGAGAAACAGGUUAACACAUUUUAAUCAGACUAUAAAGUGGUCUCUGAAUGUUUCAAAGGGUUGUUCCUCUAAGGAAAUGCCUUAAUAUGUUCAUUGGGUAUAAUUUGUUUUUGCACUCUGGUUUAAGUUGCCAUCAGGUGUGAAAGUGCCGCCAUGUGGCCUCACAUUUGAGCUUCAAAAGAUGAGAAAUGUUUUCCAAAUGUUUUUUUGUGAAGUGUCACACUUCACCACUUCGUAUGAAUUCCUGCUCAAACUUGACCAAACUACUGACUCAUUCAGUGGUAAACCAUAGAUUUAUAAUUCCAGGACCAAUGUUGUUUUUUAUUUAUUUUGGCGUCGGAACAGUCACGUUGGUGAUUAUUUAAAUAUUUCCACCAGUGAUUUUGUAAUGGUCUGUUUUCAGACACGUGUUCUAUUCCUUUGUAAAAGAACAAAUAAAAAUCUCACUUGUAAAUAUACAAUAA